GAAUAUAUUGUGUUCUAGGAAUCGGUUGCCGUAAGGUUUACAAAUGUUUAUUGUAAAUCUAGUAAUCUCAGCAGAUUUGUGGUUAAUGUUUGCCGUAUACGUGCAGUAAAAAGGAAUAUGUACGUCUUUAACUAUGAUGCUACUUUGCUGUAUGAAUUAUAUAAUGUGAAGGUUAAUGUUCAAAUGGUCAAACGGGCAAAUGGCUAUAAGCCGUGGCUAUACAAUAUUACUGUUGACGCCUGCGAAUUUCAAAGACGACGCAACAAUCCAAUGAUUAAAAUGGUAUUUAACAUUUUUAAAAACUAUUCGAACCUUAAUCACCCUUGCCCAUAUAGGGAUUCUGUACAUUUAUAUGGCUUAUAUCUUAAGCCACAAUUAAUUCCCAUUCCGUUGCCCACCGGCGAGUAUGGGUUACUUACAACAUGGAAUUUUGAUAACAAAACUACGUCGACUGUGAAUUUAUAUUUCGAAUUCAAAGAAGAUGCAAUUUAAAUUAUUAUGGUAAUCUGUAUU